AUGUAUUCAACAUUCAAUAAAAUUCCAAGUGCAAUUGAAAUUCACCAUGAACCAGCUAAACAAUUGACCGUCUCCCAGGAAUUAGAGGCCGCCAAAGGUUUGCUGAAUCAACGGAAAACGCAAUGCACAUCACUAGAGCUGCAAUAUAAAAGGUCAAAGCGCACAUCACUUUUAUACGGAUACAAAUUUUUUAGUAUUUGCCCGCAGUAUAAUCCACAAUAUAUAUGUAGACAUACAGGUAACGUAAUAAUUGAUCGCGAUGUGCUUACUAAGGAAGAACACAUUUGCUACUUAUCCACUCCGCGUGUAAACCUUGCCGCUCUACGCAAAAGGCCUAGAUAUUAUCAGAAAAGAGUUGUUGUGCCAAACUGCACGACGCGCGUAGAGCAAUUAGCGUUGCCGGACUUGAAACGAGUUCGUUGGACUUUAGAAAUAUAUAAAAGUACACUUACAAAACGUCAGAUAAAAUCAUUAAAACAUCAUUUGCAUCAAGGAUCAAAGGUGAUGUCUUAUAAUAUAAAUACCGCACUUUCUUACAUUGAAGAAGAAAGGCGUUUAAAUAGAGUCGCCAAGUUAUUGCGAAGGCGACAUUGUCGCAAGUUGAAAAGACACGUUCUUCGAAAGCAGCAACGGCAAAUAAGAAAAAUUAUUUGUGUACUUUUCGAGGAAAUGAGACAUUUUUUACUUAACGAUCAGUUUUUAAUAGAUGAACGCUCCACACUUCGCGGAGUAAUCAUGGAACAAAUUCGAAAUUUUACUAAUAACGAGUUUUAUACCACAAGUAAUCUGCGGGAAUAUCAGCAAAUUCUUGCAAAUAAUCUAACAGUUUGGAUUAAUAAGUUUAUAUCUAACCUUAAUAUACAUUUAGCACAGCCUCCAGUUGUAAUACACAACAUAGAACCAGAAACUUACUUGCCGGCUAAAGGUUAUAUAUCAUGUUCGGAAACGAUUGACAAAGAAGAAUACGAAAUUGAACAAUGUAACUACUAUGCUGAUGGAGAGGAUGAAGAAGAUAAUGAUUACGUAUAUUACACUGAGGAUACAAUAUCGAAUACAAACCGUUAAUUUGAGCCAGUGAGAG